AUGAGUGUCCGUGUAUGUUAUAAAUGUCGACGACCGGGUCACUUUGCUCGUGAUUGUUAUCCAAGCGACGAAAGUGAUGAAGAUAACAGUGAUGAUCGAAUCUGUUAUCGAUGUAAUCGUCCCGGUCACAUUGCACGCGAUUGCCAAGAUUUACCGGAGCCAAAGCGGUGUUAUCGUUGUCAAGCAGUUGGUCACAUAGCUCGAAAUUGUACGGUUUACGGCAACGGUGUUUAUUUUUCGUCACGAGCUCAUUAUAGUCAUUCCUAUAGUGUACCGAAUCAACGUGGAGAACGUUGUAUGUUUUUUGCCCGCGUAUUAACUGGAUAUACAACUUUGGGUAAUAAUACAAUGAAAGUUUGUCCACAAGAUUUUCAUACGACUACAGAUGGGACACACAUUUAUGUGACCUAUCAUGACACGCAAGCUUACGGAGAAUACUUGAUAUGGUAUCAGUAA